CUGACAUGGUUAUGACACGAAUUUUGUAAGGGUUUCGUAAGGGUUCCACCGGGUGAAAUCUGUUGUCCUCAGAACUUGCCUAACAGUCAGUGUCUUUGGAGACCAUAUCAUAUUAUUAAGUUGAAGGACUCUUGUUAGUUUGCUAGUGGACUAACUAGCAGAUUUACUUGAUGUUUCCAGCCAGCAGAUAUUCACUUCAAGCCCGGCGGUGUGUGCGGGCGCUGAAAACCUUACAGCGUCGGGAGCAUGUGGUAUCGCAAGUGUACUCAGCGCGACAAUGCAGCGCAGACGUGUCCGUACCCAAGAUCACUACACACUACACCGUCUUUCCGCGAGAGAAGGAUCCCCGGUGGGAGGGCGUGGACAUGGAGCGCUUUGCGGACGAGGCUGACGUGGUGAUCGUGGGGGGCGGGCCGGCGGGGCUGUCGGCCGCCAUAAGACUGAAGCAGCUGGCCAACGAGCAGGAGAAGGAGCUGCGGGUGUGCGUGGUGGAGAAGGCCUCGCAGAUCGGGGCACACACGCUGUCCGGGGCCUGCCUAGAACCCACCGCGCUCAACGAGCUCUUCCCUGACUGGCAGGAGCGAGGGGCACCUCUGAACACUCCAGUGACAGAAGACAAGUUUGCCCUUUUAACAGAAAAAUACAGAAUACCCAUUCCUAUUCUGCCAGGCCUGCCCAUGAAUAACCAUGGCAACUACAUUGUUCGACUGGGCAACUUCGUUCGGUGGCUGGGGGAGCAAGCGGAGGAGCUCGGGGUGGAGCUGUAUCCUGGAUAUGCAGCCUCAGAGGUACUGUUUCAUGAAGAUGGAAGUGUGAAGGGAAUUGCAACAAAUGAUGUGGGCAUUGCGAAAGACGGUUCACCAAAGGAUGUGUUUGAAAGGGGCAUGGAGCUGCAUGCCAAGGUCACCAUCUUCAGCGAGGGUUGCCAUGGACACCUGGCCAAGCAGCUGUACAAGCGCUUCAACCUGCGGGAGAACUGUGAGCCGCAGACCUACGCCAUCGGACUCAAAGAGUUGUGGACCAUCGAGGAGAGCAAGUGGCGCCCGGGCCGCAUCGAGCACACGGUGGGCUGGCCCCUCAACAGGAACACCUACGGAGGCUCCUUCCUCUACCACCUCAACGAGGGAGAGCCACUCGUGGCCCUCGGCUUUGUGAUUGGUCUGGACUACACAAACCCGUACCUGAGCCCGUUCCGGGAGUUCCAGCGCUGGAAGCACCACCCGUCUGUGUCCCCAACUCUGGAGGGGGGCACCCGCAUCGCCUACGGGGCCCGAGCCCUCAACGAGGGGGGCAUGCAGUCAUUGCCUAAGUUAACAUUUCCCGGAGGCCUUCUGGUGGGCUGCAGUCCGGGCUUCAUGAACGUUCCGAAGAUCAAAGGCACCCACACGGCCAUGAAGACGGGCAUGCUGGCUGCCGAGUCUGUCUUCAGCAAGCUCACCGACGAGAACCUGGACUCACCUACAGAAGGUGUGCAUGUGGCAGAGUACGAGGAGAACCUGAAGAGCUCGUGGGUGUGGAAGGAGCUUCACGCGGUGAGGAACAUCCGGCCGUCCUUCCACAACUACUUCGGCCUGUACGGAGGUAUCGUCUACACCGGGGUCUUCUACUGGAUCUGCCGCGGCAUGGAGCCCUGGACGCUCAAGCACGCAGGUCUGGACUCAGCGCAGCUGAAGCCGGCCAGCCAGUGCACGCCCAUCGAGUACCCGAAGCCAGACGGGAAAAUCAGCUUCGACCUGCUGUCGUCUGUGGCGCUGAGCGGGACCAAUCACGAGGGAGACCAGCCCGCCCACCUGACGCUGAUGAACGACAGCGUGCCCGUGGUGAAUAACCUGGGGGUGUACGACGGACCAGAGCAGCGCUUCUGCCCCGCAGGUGUGUACGAGUAUGUGCCCCUGGAGUCAGGCGAGGGCAUGCGGCUGCAGAUCAACGCUCAGAACUGCGUGCACUGCAAGACGUGCGACAUCAAGGACCCCAGCCAGAACAUCAACUGGGUGGUGCCAGAGGGUGGCGGUGGCCCCGCCUACAACGGAAUGUGAUUGCGACAUUGGCGCUGCGUUUUUUCCAUUAGUCUCUUCAUUUCUUUUUACUUCUAUGCAGGAACAAAAGGAGCCAGUUUAUAUUAUCAGACGGGCCUUAACACACACACACACACACGUUACAGCCUUCCAGACAUACACGCUACACGCACAAUAUAUCUAUCCAUGAUCAGGCUGAUACACUGCCAGGCAGGGCUAGAGUUUUGCUGGUCAUGAGGAGGCUUCUGAAAUUGUUUUUUUCCGCCAUGUGCCUAGAGCUAGCCUUCAGUGUGUGCGUCGUACAUGCCUCAAGAGGUGGGCAGAGACAGGUCAGGUGGCCUUCAUGUAAAACUGAUGAAUUGAUUUGUUCUGUUAAGUUAUGUGGAAGCACACACACCUCAGAGAACAGCAGAAACAGAUUUAUAAGCAUUAUAUUUGUAUUAUUUUCUUUCGCUGAUACUGCGGUACUUGCCUAAAGAAAGAGUUUCGGUUUUUGUUUGUUGUUUUUAAACAAACGCUUAUUGUAACUAAUCUGGGAGGGAGGGCAUAUGGGUCUGGAUCGGGGUAAUGUUGCAUUCUGCUGCUAGUGACGGCAUAUUAGCAGCUCUGUUCUGUAUAUAAAGUUGAAAAUAAACUCAUUCUGUGUUAA